GUCCCAGCUGAUAACAUGGUGGCGUCGCUCCGCCCUGUGACUCUGUACUUUGGACGCAGAGACUUCAGUGAGAGGGGUGGUGAGGGGGGCACGAUGGUAAACGCGGUCAGACACUCCAGCACACAGGGCACCAUGUCUACCCAGGCUCUCUGUCUCUGCUUCCUGAUCUCUAGUGUGGCCGCACAGCAAGGGCGUGCCAGCUCGACAUCAAGUACCAAGAGUCUGCAGCCGUGGCUUGUCGGGCUCAUUGCGGUGGUGGGCUUCCUCUUCCUUGUCUUCACUCUGAUGAUCCUCAACAGGCUCUUCUGUAAGAAGGAAACAUCUGAAGAAGAAAGCAACAUCAACACAGAGGGACGAGACAACCCGGGCCUGGAGACCGAACUGGACGAAGUGGAUACGAAUAACUGCCAGCAUUCUGAUUUUUAGCCGAGCUGGGAAA